AGGACCUAGACACAUUGACAAUGGGAGACUAUGGUGAUAACAACUACACAGACUAUGGUGAUUACAACUACCCAGAUACAAUUCCGGACAUUUUGGUUGGGCCGAAAAUAACACCUGCCCAGAUUAUAUCCUUGGUGUGCUAUAGUCUUGUGAUCCUGUUGGGGGUCCCUGGCAAUGCGGUGGUGGUGUGGGUGACUGGCUUCUGCAUGCCCCACUCGGUCACCUCACUGUGGUUCCUAAAUUUGGCUGUGGCUGACCUCCUGUGUUGCCUGUCUUUACCUCUUCUUAUGGUGCCACUCGCGCACGAUGACCACUGGCCCUUUGGUUCCUUGGCCUGCACCGUCAUCAAAGGCGUAUUCUACCUGGUGAUGUACAGCAGCAUACUCCAGCUAGUCCUCAUCAGUGUUGACCGCUACCUACUGGUGACCAAACCUGUGUGGUGUCAGAACAGAAGAACCCCUAAGAAAGCUGCAUGUGCGUGUGUGCUUGUCUGGUGUGUGGCGCUCAUAGGCAGCACCCCGCAGUUUAUUUUUUACAAAGAGAUUAAAGCGGGACUGACAAAGAAAGAGUGCUCAACAGUGUUUCCAAAGACAGAAGGCAUACAGUGGAUUGUUUAUUCUGUCCGCUUUCUACUAGGGUUCGCUCUCCCUUUCUUGGCCAUUGCAGUGUGCCAUUGGAGGGUGUAUAAGCGCACAGAGUUUGGACGGUCUCGCAGCAUCCGCUCUAAACGCACCCUAAAGAUCAUAGUUGCAGUGAUAAUCAGCUUCUUCUUAUGCUGGAUCCCACUUCACAUUGUGGACUUCAUUCUCCUGGAUACCCCACGACACUCCCCGGAUAGGCCCAAGGUGUUCUUUGCGCAUACUUUGUCACUUUGUUUGGCCUAUGUCAACAGCUGUUUGAAUCCACUGCUUUAUGUGUGCCUGGGACGUGGGUUUAAAGACAGAAUGAACCGGUCUCUUCGUGGAAUCUUGAAUUUUGCAACAGAGGAGCCGCAGAGUAAGGCAUGCGCUGUCAUUUCAGUGGUAACCAAAAGCUCGAGUGUCAAAGAGAUGAGUAAAAUCUGACAAAAGCUGCAAUGAACAAUGUUAUGACUAAUGUUCGUACGUCCGCUAAACUUUAAAAAACAGAAGUGUGUUAAGUUUGUUGUUAAUUAUAAAUAUUAUGUAAUGGUUGAUAUUCCCCUAAGUCAGCACAGUAUUGUUGAAGGAUUUAUCAUGUCAGCAAUU